AUGGAAGACGACUUCAUCAACAUUUCGCGUGCCGCGGGAGCAGAUUUACAUUCUUCCCACACUGGAAAUAAAGCAGCGCGCGUUCUGGGCCUCAUUCAACCACCUAUGUCUCCUGUACUUGCCUCGGGCAGAAAUUCCAUAGUUUCCACUCGCUCAGCCCGUGACGUCCUUCCUUCAGCCUCUAUCACUCCUUCUCUUCCUCUUGCGUCUCUCUAUCUCGUCUCUGGCCUACCAAAAUCUCCUCAUACCUGGACUUUGGCUGACCCAGAUGCCGUACUCGGCCUUCAUCACUCUGAUGGUGCUGUCAAUCGCUGGUGGCGUCCAGAAGUUCUGGGCAGCACUGUAAGCCCUGGUGCUGGUGGAGGGAAAAAGAAAAGACGAGGAAAGGGAGAAGAAUUGAAAGGUGCUGGCGCUUUGAGUAAAAGUGAAGUCGGUAAAAUGUUAUCAAAAGCUUUGAAGUUAUCUUUCUGUCGUGAAGUAGAAGUUAUUGCCUCAACUUUGCAACCUGCGUCCACUGUUCACACUUUUACCUUCACUCUUCCUGCGCCAAACACCCCUCUAGGUCCCACUCCUUCUGGCGACCUUCUUCGUGCUUCUGUUCUUUCUGAUAAUAGAUCCUCAGUUACUCCGUCUUUCAGUCACCCCUAUUAUGGCGAUCCCUUUGCUAGGCCAUCUACUACUUACCUUGGUGGUCCUCGCCCUGGUUCUUCCGCUACAGAAACCCCUGACAUGUCUUCUUCGGGAGGUACCAUCACUUACCAUGGUGUAUGUCUACUUUUGUGGUCGCACGCAGACGCAGAAAGGUCCACUGCAAUCCGGCGUACUCUUGAGGCCAGUAGAUCUCGUAAAGAGUCCAACCAAUCGUCUCUCGUCACUUCAAGGUUGAAAAACCUUCGUUCAGACGCUCUUGACCACUCCGACCCAACCUCUUUGGCCCGAAAAAGCGCUCGGAAAAGUGCGCGAGGCCCUUGGGCCGACGCAGAGACUGACGCAGAGACAGAAGCUGAAGGUGGCAUAAGCGAGAGUGAAUAUGAAGUUGCAAGUACCGUAGGCCAUGGUCCUGGCGAAAGCACUCUCUUCCUCCCUGGCGACACUGUCUUUUGGUUACCCUAUGCUCUCACUCUCGUUUCUCGAUACCCGGUGUAUGAUCUUAUGCGCGACUAUCUGACGCUCUCGUGGGCACGGUUCUCCAAAGAUGUCCAGUCGCACACCCUCCAGAUUUCAAAGAUACUUGCUCAUCCUGCUCCACGAGCCGGCGAAUUGAUAAGGUUAGACGCCAGCCCGGGCGGUGACUCUGGCAGUGACAAUUCUUUGGAAGUCAUCGCUCGUUUCCCUGGUGGCCUUGAUUUCGGCCGUGGUUUAGUUGAUAUUAAUUUCACGAUGUUCCCCUUGUUCAAGUGCCUGAACAUUGAAAACAUUUUAACCAUCUGCGAAAUUGCACUAGCACCCACGGGUAGAAUUCUGUUCUUUUCAAGGCACCCAGCCAUGCUCGGGAUCGCAGUCAUGACUAUAAAAUACCUUGUGGAACUACGCGGAUGGAAUGGCGUUGCUCUGCCUGCUGUCCAUUCUCGUGAUGCAAAAAUUUACAUCGACGACCCUGGACCUUGGAUAAUUGGUCUCGCCACCGAGGCCAGGUAUAGCGUCCGUCCUUCUCCAGAAGUUUGCAUCUGCGACUUGUAUGUUGGUUUCAGGAACUGCAUGUCUCCUCCUCCAGGAUGCGUUUCUACCAAACAGCAGAGGGAAAGGUACAGGCAACGCUUGCAGACUGCAUUUGACCAGCAUUAUCAUCCCGAUCAUUCGAUUCCUGUCGAAUUCAAGGAAGCCUUUCCUGCUGGUCGUUUCCGACCUCUAUGCAAAAUUCAAGCUAAGCGUGGGGCUUCUGCCGCUGCUGUUGCGGACCAAAUCAAGCCCCCCGACUGGUGGCACUCGACGAGAAUCAUCCAGGCGUUUGAUAGCGUUUUGCAAGAGAAGUACAAAAAGCCGUCUCUUCUGAGACGCAUCGGGAUGUUCGGUGCAGUCAAACGACCUCCUCAACUCACCGCUUCUGAACAAAUGAUUCAACUCUCCAUCCGCAAGCGCGCCUCCGCCUUUGUGGACGCGCGCGACGAUCUCGAAACCAAAAUUGGUCGUCUGUCCCGUAGAUUGAACUUCCUCAUGACCGAGAGUGAUUUAUGGAGAGACAAGUUUGUUACCUUCGAGCAGUAUGCCGAAAAACUCAGUUCUGAAGCAAAUCAACUCCGUGCGAAGAUCAACAAGGAGCAAAGGGAAACCAAGAGACUUUCAGGAUUGGUGACCAUGACUGCAGUGGAGAAGAAUAAAUUGCAGAAUCAACUCAAGGAAACUGAAAGUGCACAUCAAGAAGCGUUGAACGAGUUGGCGAAGAUGAAGGAUGCUAUGGACACCAUGGAACUCGAGCGUGCAGACAUGAUUGCGGAAGUAGAAGCCCAGAUUGAGCGUGCUUUAGCUUCGAUGGCCGUCGGCGUAGAUGACUCGGAUUACGGUUCCCGUCCGAGUAGUCGUCUGUCCAAUGCCUCAAGCGCCCCUCGCUCGCGUAGACCUAGUGAUGCCGCCAAAAGCAGACAUCUGCGCUCAUUUGGCACCGAAUCUACUUUAGCGGACUCUUAUGAAGGCGGUGAGUUUCGGGGCCCUAUUCUGGCUCCUACUGAACGAGCCAACGGCACUAUUCAAGAAGACCAAGAGGAAGACGAGGAUGGUGCUGAUACAGCCGAGAUCAAGAGGAAGAAACGAUUCUCUGCUUCCGAGGUAGAUGCUCCCCAAGACGGGAUGGUAGCCGUGGACCAAGGAAUCACCGAAAAAAGUGAUAAGAUCGCACAGAAGGUGUUCGAAAUACAAGCCAAGGUAAGUCUAUCGCUUCAGUCUCGAAACAUGUGA